AUCUGGAGUUGCCAAUCUACUCUUCUCUGCGCAACAGGUGCCUUGAGCGCUGUUUAAUAUUUGUUCCCAUCGAUUCCCUGAUUUGUGCUAAACAAAAGUGAGCAUUCAACAUGCCGAGCAUGGAAAGUGUUGGGUCAAUUGUCAUCAAGGUCGCCAAGUUGGUUAUGAACCUCAUUAUCCUGAUCCUCUACAGGACAGGUUACGGAGGUCAAUUCUUGGGUGUCGGCGGAACGUGGAACCUGAAUGAAGAGAAAAAUCCUGAUGCUGAAAUCGUGGCUUCAGGGGUCUUCGUUGGCUACUUUAUUUACACAUCUGUGGUUCUCAUUUCCUUUUGCUUCGGAAACACACAACAAAAGAACACCCUAGCGGACGUACUGAUGAACUUCAUUGGCACCUUCAUGUUCAUUGCCGUCGGUGGAACAGCCUUGCACUACUGGAGUGGAUACCAAAACGAGCACAAGUACCAAAGCAUCUCAGCAGAGAAGCAAAUCGGUUUGGCACUUGGAAGCCUUUGCGUCAUUUCGGGAGCCGUUUACUUGUUAGACACCGUACUCUCGUUCAUCCACUUUGCUAAGAAGGGAGAUAAAUACUAGGCUCCUACUUUUUCUCUAAAAUUAACCUUCCAGGGUUUAAUUUAUUUAGAAGUUACGUUGAAAAAUUUGCUGAUCAUAUCAUGAACGAUUUUACAACUUGAGUCAUAAAUCAUUGAGUUUAUAUUUGAAGCAACGAAUGUUGUUAACUUCUUAAUGUCUUUACUCUGUUUCUCUCUCCAUAAUCAUCUUGGAACGCAUUCAAGGUUUUCUGAAGCUAUGCCAAAAUAUUUACAUCCGUAUAUGUAUACAUAUUCUCUAAUUUUCGCAUUUGCUGCAAAUUAAACAGGAUUUUGUACUACUUUUGGAGUAAUAAAGUAAUGAAAUGUAACAAU